AUUCCUCCUCGGCCUUGUCCUCGAGGCCAGAAAAUGAAGAACAAGAGCCUGAUGCUCCGCUAUGUGUUUGAACUAUCCAACAGCUAAUUGAAGUGGCUCAUGAACCUGUAGGAAAGCAGUGGGGAAUGUGAGAUGCUUGAAGAAAUACAGUUUGCUAAACAUAGGAAUGCAGUUCACUGGAGUCCAGGGAUCGGGAUGGAAUGUAGGAGCAGGUUCCAAAAGGCUGGAAUCCUGAGGAAAAUUGCAAAAAGAAUGUCAAAACUGUCACACUGAACUUUUAAUGUAUUGGGGAAUUUCUCUUUCCAAGAUUCUGGCAAAGGGAUUUAAUGGAGAAAACAAAAAUCAUCGAGCCACUGGAUUAUGAGAAUGUCAUUGUACAACGGAAAGCGCAGAUUCAAAGUGACCCUCUGCGGGAUCUUCUACAGUUUCCUUUGGACGAGGUCUCGAUCUUGACAAUUCCACGACAGAGGAGAACCAUCCAUUCUACGGUGCCUUCAGAUGCUGAAAAACUAGCACAAAGCCUGCUGGUCAAAGAGUGCAUCAAGACAUAUAAUUCGGACUGGCUACUGGUAAACUACAAAUGGGAAGGCUAUGCAGGGGAUUUCAGAUCACUGCCAAGCAAGGGCCAUCAGCCAGACAAGUUGCCCAUGCAGCGUUAUGAAGUUGAUGAAGAUGUGGAUAGAGAUGAGGAUGCUACGUCGAUUUGCUCACAGAAAGGAGGAAAUAUUAAGGAAGGCUGGCUGUACAAAGCCAACAUGAACAGCACUAUCAGUGUUACAAUGAGGGUGUUCAAGAGGCGAUUCUGUUACCUGACUCAACUUUCAGAUGGCUCAUACAUUCUCUAUUUUUGUAAAGACGAGAAGGUCUGUAAGGAGUCCAAAGGAUCCAUAUUUUUGGACUCUUGCAUCGAUGUUGUGCAGUGUUCAAAGAUGCGCCGCUAUGGCUUUGAACUCCGAAUGCAGGAGAAAUGUAGCUGUCACCUAGCGGCUGAGAGUGAGCAGGAGAUGGAAGAAUGGAUAACAACCCUGCGAAAGAUCAUUCAGAGUAAUGUUGACAGCGUGUUGUCCGAGAGACGGAAUGGUGAACCCUCUGAGACAGGACUAGACGAGGAGUCCUUUGGCCAUGGGAAGUCUGAAAGCAUGAUGGAAAGUUUAGAGAAAAGUAUGCAUCCCGAGUUGAUGAAGUAUGCCCGAGAAUCCGAUUACCUUAACAAGGUCAACAGGAAUGAAGGCCGGUGUAAACUGUUCGUGAUGGAUCUAGAAGCACAGAAGCUGGAUUUUUCAGGAAUUGAGCCAGACGUGAGGCCCUUUGAGGAGAAGUUUGGCAAGCGCUUUAUGGUAAAGUGCCACGACUUGACUUUUGCUCUUCAAGGCUGUGUGAAUGAGCAGGCAAAUGGCAUGCCAACAAACGUUGAACCUUUCUUUGUGACCCUCGCACUGUUUGAUGCAAAGAAUAAUUGCAAGAUCUCUGAAGAUUUCCACGUGGACUUGAACCCCCCUGCAGUUCGGCAGAUGUUCCUGGGAAGUGUCGAGGGUGGACCUGAAAAUGGGGCUACUGCUCCAAAUUCUCCAACGGGUAAUGACGAUCGUGUUAAAGGAGUGGCUGAGAGGCUUCUUCGCUACCCAAAACAGGGGAUCUUUUCAGUGACUGCCCCUCAUCCGGAUAUCUUUCUAGUCGCACGAGUGGAGAAAGUGCUACAAGGAGGGAUUGCCCAGUGUGCUGAACCAUAUAUCAAAAGUUCAGAUGCAAACAAGGCUGCUCAGAAAGUCCUUAAAGCUGCCAAGCAAAUCUGCAGCCGGCUUGGAGGAUACAAAAUGGCCUUUGCUUGGGCUGCGAGACCUGUGUUUAAAGACACCGAAGGCUUGUUCGAUACAAGUGGGAAGUUCUCGCCCUUUUACAAGCAGGACAGCAACAAGCUAUCAAAUGAAGACCUUCUGAAAAUGCUGAACGAUCUCAGAAAGACAGAGAAGAUGUCGAAACUUCAGGUGAUUCCAGGGAAUUUCGACGUCGCCAUCGAGUGUGUUCCUCCAGAUAUUUCUAAUUGUGUGACAUCAUCUUACAUGCCUGUGAAACCGUUCGAGGAGAGCAGCUGCAGCUGUGUGUCCUUUGAGGUGGAAGAAUUUGUUCCCAAUAUCGCAAAAUAUAUGUACCCCUUCACAGGUUUCAAGAACCACCUAUACGUUUACCCCAUUCAGCUCAAGUAUGAUAACCAGAAAGCUUUUGCGAAGGCAAGAAACAUUGCGGUCUAUGUCGAGGUCAGGGACUCUGAUGGAGAUAAAUCGCGACCAUUGAAGUGUAUCUACGGAAAACCGGGUGACCAUGUGUUCACAACCAAAGCUUGUGCAACGGUUGUGCACCAUCAACAGUGCCCGGAGUUCUACAAUGAGAUUAAAAUUGAGCUGCCUGUACAUCUCCAUGAGAAGCAUCACCUCCUGUUCACAUUUUACCACAUCAGCUGUGAGAUAAAUACCAAAGGCACAACAAAGAAACGGGAAAAUAUUGAGUCACAGGUUGGUUAUGCCUGGCAGCCAUUAAUGAAAGAUGGAAGAGUGGUGACAUCUGAGCAACAUUUGUCCGUGUCGUCUAAUCUUCCUCCUGGAUACCUGGGCCACCACGAUCCAGAGAACAAGAAGCAUGCAAUUCCUGAUAUUAAAUGGGUAGAUGGCGGAAAAUCUUUAUUGAAAGUUAAAAAUCAUUUGGUGUCCGCCAUUUACACAGAGGACCAGUACUUGCACAGUUUUUUUCACCAUUGUCAGACAAGCCAAUCAGCGUCACAGGAGAUCGCAGGUGACCUUGUGAAAUACUUGAAGUGUUUGCAUGCCAUGGACACAUGUGUGAUGGUCAACUUCCUGCCAACAAUCCUUAACCAGCUGCUCAAAAUACUUAGCAAAACCAGCCAGAGCGACGUUGCAGUCAAUUCCACCAGAGUAAUCAUGUAUAUUGUGUCCAGAUGUCAUGAGGAGGGACUGGAACACUAUUUGCGAUCAUACAUCAAGUACGUUUUCAGGACAGGCCAAUACAUGACCUCCGAGAACAAGACGACACACGAGGAGCUGGCUCGAUCCCUCAUCGUUAUCCUGAAACAGUCGGCAGAUUUUCUCACCAUCAAUAAACUGCUGAAGCAUUCAUGGUUUUUCUUUGAACUCUUAAUCAAGUCAAUGGCCCAAUUCCUGAUUGAGAAGAACAAGCUGAAGCUCCCUAGGACACAGAGAUUCCCAGAAAGCUUCCAGCACGCUGUGCACUCCCUUCUCCUUGCAAUAAUUCCUCAUGUCAACCUGAGGUACUCGGAGAUUCCAGAGGAGUCCAGGAGCGUGAACAUCAGCUGGGCACAUUUCAUGAAGCGGAGCUUAACACUGAUGAACAGAGGGUUUAUCUUCAACUUAAUAAAUGAUUACGUUAGCUGUUUCUCUCCCAAAGAUCCCAAGACACUCACAGAAUACAAGCUGGAUUUCCUGCAUAUAGUCUGCAAUCAUGAGCACUUCAUCCCUUUGAAUUUGCCGAUGUCCUUUGCGAAGAGCAGGCUCCAGCGGAUCCAAGAUUUGCAGUUGGAGUGCACGCUUACUGAAGACUUCUGCAAGAAUCAUUUCCUGGUGGGCCUUCUCCUGACGGAGUUGGCCGCGGCACUGAAUGAGUCUCGGGAUAUUCGACAUGAAGCGAUAGCUAUUGUCAAGUGCCUGAUGAUGAAGCAUGCAUUUGAUGACCGAUACUCUCACAAGAACAUGCAAGCAAGGAUAAGCCUACUAUACCUGCCACUGCUGAAGCUGUUGUUUGAAAAUAUCCAGCGGCUGAUUCCAAAGGAUCUCUCCACUUUCAGCAUGAACUUCUCAGGCAUUAACAUUCGAGAUGAUCUGGCCUUUAAUUUUUCACCAGUAAGUGGCGCUGCAGCUCCACACAAGUCGGGCACCUUUAUUGACAAGGAGUUGGCUUUUUCAGGUUAUGGUGCAUCUUGCUUUCAAAGCCUGAGGCGUGAUGAUUCCAGGGGCUCCUUGACCAUUGACAUGAAUGCGUGUACACCUGAGAGGGCUGACGAAAGACGGAAUUCCAUCGACUAUACUCACCAAAGAAAGAGUUCAACCGAGAGCAAUGUAUCCCAACACAGCAAGCUGGAUCAGUACGAGUCCCGGAGUCUCCUCAUGUGCUUUCUUCACAUCGUGAAAACUAUCUCAGAAGAUGCUUUGUUGGCAUAUUGGAACAAAAUGUCCUCACAAGAACUAUUGGAUUACCUCUCAGUUUUGGAGGUGUGUCUCCAUCAGUUCAGAUACUUGGGCAGACGACACAUUGCAAGGGUUCAAGAAGGAGCAGGCUCCAAACAAUCUGUGAGUGAAAGAAGGUCCCUGACUAUGCCCGCUAUUCGGAGCCGAACAGGAGUAAUGCAUUCCCGACUUCAGAUUGGCCAUGCAGACAGCUCAUUCACACUUAACCACAAUUUUGGAACAGGAGAAGCUGACAUCAGCCACCAGUCCUUGCUGGAAGGUAACUUGGCCACCGAGGUGUCUCUCACAGUUUUGGACACAGUGUCAUUCUUCAUUCAGAAUUUCAAGAACCAGCUUCAGGAAAGGGAUGGGCACAAUCCUCUGUUGAAGAAAGUAUUCGACAUUCUUCUCUUACUGACUAAUGGUCAAUCGGAAACUGCCAUGAAGCAUGCGUUUGCAUCUUUACGAGCUUUCAUCAGCAAGUUCCCGGCGACAUUUUUUAAAGGGUGCGACAGUUUCUGCUCCACUUUCUGCUAUGAGGUCCUGAAAGGUUGCACCUCCAAGCUGAGCUCCACUCGAAGCGAGGCCUCUGCCCUCCUCUACUUGCUGAUGAGGAACAACUUUGAGUACACCAAGAAGAGGACCUUUCUGAGGACACACCUUCAGAUUAUAAUCGCAGUGAGCCGCUUGAUAGCUGAUGUGAUUCUAACCGGAGAGUCCAGGUUCCAGGAUGCUCUCUCCAUCAUCAAUAACUUUGCCAAUAGUGACAAAGCCCUGAAGUCAACUGCGUUCCCGGGUGAGGUGAAAGAUCUGACAAAGAGAAUUCGCACAGUACUUAUGGCCACUGCUCAGAUGAAGGAGCACGAGAAGGACCCUGAGAUGUUGGUGGACCUUCAGUACAGUUUAGCCAAGUCCUAUGCCAGCACACCUGAGCUCAGAAAGACCUGGCUUGGCAGUAUGGCAAAAAUCCAUUUGAAAAAUGGUGACUUGUCUGAGGCAGUGAUGUGUUAUGUUCAUGUUGCCGCUUUGAUUGCAGAAUACCUCUACAGGAAGAAAUUGUUUCCGAAAGGCUGUGCAGCUUUCAAAGCAAUCACUCCUAACAUUGAGGAAGAAGCAGCAAUGAAAGAGGACGCUGGAAUGCAGGAUGUCCACUAUACUGAGGAUGUGCUGGUGGAAUUAUUGGAGAAGUGUGCAGACGGACUGUGGAACGCCGAGCGCUAUGAGUUAAUGGCAGUGAUUUACAAGUUCAUCAUUCCUAUCUAUGAAAAACGGAGGGACUUUGAGAAACUUGCUUUCAUUUAUAACACACUGAACGAAGCUUAUAAGAAAAUAAUUCAUGUCCUUCACACGGGGCGAAGACUGCUGGGAACGUUUUUCCGUGUUGCUUUUUAUGGUCAGAGCUUCUUUGAAGAGGAGGAUGGAAAAGAAUACAUCUACAAGGAACCCAAGCUAACCAGGCUGUCUGAAAUAUCGGAAAGACUCCUUAAACUUUACGGUGACAAGUUUGGAGCUGAGAAUGUGAAAAUCCUCCAGGAUUCGAACAAGAUAAAUGCAAAAAACCUGGACCAGAAAUUUGCAUAUAUUCAGGUAACUUUUGUCAGUCCUUAUUUUGAUGAGAAAGAGCUGUCAGAGAGGAAGACCUAUUUUGAGAGGAACCACAACAUCACGCGAUUUGUCUUUGAGACUCCAUACACAUUAUCUGGGAAGAAGCAAGGAGGUGUUGAGGAGCAAUGCAAAAGGCGAACAAUUCUAACAACAACGCACUCCUUCCCGUACGUAAAGAAGAGGAUUGCGGUUAUGUAUGAGCACCAGGUCGAACUGAAGCCCAUUGAUGUUGCCAUCGACGAGAUGAAUGAUCGCACGACUGAGUUGCGAAAGCUGUGCACAUCGAACGGCCUUGACAUGAUCCAACUACAGCUCAAGCUCCAAGGCUGCGUUUCUGUACAGGUGAAUGCAGGACCAUUGGCCUAUGCAAGAGCGUUCCUGGAUGACAGUAAAGCCAGUAAACUACCAACUAAGAAAGUGAAACAGUUAAAGGAAAUAUUUCGGGAGUUUGUUUCAGCCUGCAGCCUGGCUCUGGAUUUGAAUGAGAGGCUGAUCAAGGAGGAUCAGGUGGAGUAUCACGAAGGGUUAAAGGCAAACUUCAAAGACAUGGUGAAGAAAUUAUCAGAAAUCACCAACGAACAGGUUUUGAUAGAAGAUGACUUGAAGUGCCAACUGAGGAGCUCUCUGCAUGUUUUCAGCGCCAUUAGUGGCACGGCCAGUGGUCCUUCUGCCUUUCCUGCGUCACUUUGACACACCAUAUUGUGCGGGGAGGGCAAUGAGAGCUAGGUGAGGGUGUGGGGAAGGGCACAUGACUGUUCAUUGGUCUUAGGAAAGUCUCUCCAACCCUGGGGAAUGAGGGGAGAAACUGUAAUCUCUGGCUGACGGAUGCUGUAAAGCAGGAGAAUGAAUUCUAUUCGGUCACAGAGUCGGGUGGCUGAUUCCUGUGAUGGCUCAACCCUCUCAGAGUGAGCUCAACCUCUCAGAAACAUUUGGAGAAGGGUGUUCAUCUGGCAACAAAGCUUACUUGGCAAUGCAACUCCUGCAUUCCAAUCAGUAUUAUUAGGAUCAGCUUGGCUGCCUGCCUGGAACAUUUGAUACACAGUUUCCUAAAUUUAAUAAACAAUGAAUGAUUUGAAAGGCAAGUCUUGUGUUCACAAACAUAAUGUUAAAACUGUGUUUCCACAUUACAAAUCCUUCACCACCUGUACAAUAUGUAUGUGUAUAAAAUAGGAACCAUUCGUUAUGGCUCUGUGCAUUGUCAUCUCAAAGUGUUGUAAAUUUAAAUUGUAACUACAAGUAGCGUUCCACCGCGACUGUUUGUGUACAAAAGAUAUCCUUAAAUAUAUAGGACUUUUCAAAAUUU